GAUUGGUCCAUAAUGGACUACUACAUAAAAAACGUUUUUCUGAUGUACAAUUUAAGUUGAAGUUAUAUUUCAACGUCAUCAGGUCUGGCUGUUACCAUGGACACAGAGCACCAACGGUCCAAGUUUCAAUCAUUCAAGAGACGUUAACGUUAGGGUCAGUUUGCUGAAACAGAAUCAGAAAAUAUCCCAACAAAACCCCGUUCAUUUCUAUAGGACUAGAUGGAGACCUUACUGGAGUCAGACAGAGAGGAGCAAGUCAGAGAUGGAGAGCAGGAGGAGGUGGACAACGAUGACCGUGAGCUGAAUGAAACUCUCAGUAAUCUCCAUGUUUCAGCUCCUCAGGACCUUCUCCUGAAGUUGGACCAGGCCGACAUCCUGUAUCCCGAAUCCUACAGGGUUAACUCCCCUGACGAGAUUCGACUGUUGGCCAUCGCCGACAACUACCACCGUCAGUAUUCGCACUUAUUUCCCAGCCGCAAACCACUGCUGCUCUGUCCAGUCAACGAAUGUGGUGUUAAGAAGUUUGUGUCCAUGACUCUUCGGGCUUCACCAACAGUCCACCUUGAAAUUUAUAAGUGGGAGGGCUGCGCCUCCUUUGUGGCUGAUUUCUUGUCUCUGGACCCUUUGGACCCGCCUGUUGACCUGCCCAGGUACCUGUUUUCCCCCACCUCGGUGCUGAGGCGUCGGAGAGCCACAUGUUUUGAAUAUGCCACCGUGCUGUGCAGCAUGCUGCUUGGCGUCAACUACGACGCUUACUGCGUCAGCGGCUAUGCUGUCAAAGAGAUGUGUCUGCUCGACCAGAGCCUGCAGCAGUGUCCCCUGCUGGACACUGAGGUCAAAAGUCUGAUCUCAGAAGAGGAAUUCCAAGAAGAGAAGAAACAGGUUGCAGAAGCUGCGUUGCUUCACAAACAAAAACUACAGCAGGAGCGUGAGCGGCAACUUGCUGACCCCCUGCGAGGACUUAGGGUGCACUGUUGGGUGCUAGUGCUGUCAGGGUGUCGGAGCGUCCAGGAGAACUUCUUCAUCGACCCUCUGACCGGGAACAGCUACACCACUGACAACGACAACUUCCUUGGCAUCGAGAGCGUGUGGAACGACUUCAACUACUACGUCAACAUGCAGGACUGCAGGAACGGCUGCGUUGAUGUGGUUUAUGACAUGGAAGAUGUAAAGGUGUGGGAGCCAGUCCUGUACGGCGCAAUCAGUAAAAAGUUGGUGAUGUUAGAGGUCUUGAAGAGACAGAAGAGGAGGAUGAUGAAGGGAUUCAUAAAUGUUGAGGAAGUUAAGAGGCCCCGAACUUUUGACAUGCCACGAUCCUGGGCUGAUGACAUCGAAAUCGAAGAAAAAGACCUGGAGAACCGCUGGCCAGGAGGACAGAAGGUGAUUCACUACAAAAAAGCGAAGCUGGAGAAGUUUGCACCUUACCUUUGGCCAGACGGCCUGAAUACAAGACUGACUACUUACAAAGACCUGGACUUUCACAGGUACACCUCCCUGAGCACAGGCACAAAGCAUGAGAUGGAGUUCAGAAGUCCUCGUUUUGACUUUCUGGUCCGGAGGGUGGAGUCACCAUGUGAAAUGAAGGAGUUCUUUGAGAACCGGUUGGACUUUCUCUACAGCCGGCGCGUCCAGUUUUCAGAACCAAAUUCGGGCAGUGAUCCGGAUGACCAAGCGGUGGAGAAGGUGGUGGAGUGUUUCCACAGGAACAAAUCCAAACCGGCCGACGAAGACGUCGCCCAGCGAGUGUUCCUAUUGGCUCAAAGACGGAUUGAGCUGAUCUAUCACUUCGAGGAUCACCGAUUUGCCUCUUUAAAGAGGAGCUUCAUCAAACCGCAAGAGGGCCAGGUGGAUCCAUCUGAGAAGCCUCUUAUUACAUAUCUGAAAGAUAUGCUGGUGGAUCUGAUGAGAGAUGAAGAGAAGGUGGUUCGCCAAAUCGAAGCGUCUAAGCAAGAGGUGAGAGACAUUCUGGCCUACAGAGAGCAGGAAGAGAAAGAUGUUCAGCUUAAGUUCUCCACACAGACAACAACCGGAGCUGCCAUGGCCCGCCGACAGAGACAGGAAAUGGAGCAUCUGCCACCAACCUCCUCCAGGAACACUAUGAAAAGAUGCUGAAAGGGGAGUAGAAGAUGUUUGCCAUCUUGUCGUCAUCUUGUUGGCCUUGGACAGAGGGGUUGGAGAUGCCACUGUGUCUGACACACAGGAGAGAGGACAGAGCGUUAAUUAUUACAAACGUAAAACAAUGUUAUUUAUCUGACUGGUAUCUCACGCUUAAAAAAUAAAUAUUUGGCUG